UUGGUAGUGGUCGUCAGUGCUCGCUUAACCGUUGGGCCGUCAGCAAGCGCGGAUACUCUCUAACUCUCCGAGACUCCUCCGAUUCGGCGUCUCCUCCCGCACGGAGGCGUAAAAACGCGACGGCCGUCUACGGCGAUCCGGCGAUCCGCUGACGAUCGUCGUCCGGUUCGCGAUUUUUCUUGGUGCAACGGAAGAAGUUGGCGUGUCCUCUUCCGUCUCUGGCCAGGAUUUUUUUCCUAGAACAUGGAAUUGCUAGGCAUUUUACUGCUGUCGGGAAUAAUCUCAAACGUAGCCGCAGUACCGUAUUACACUAUUAUUGCACCGAAAGUGGUACGUCCUGAUUCAGAAUAUCAUGUAGCGGCAAGUGUCACCGGUGUAUCGACGCCGUCAACGAUAUAUGUAGAACUGACCGGCGAACUCGAUACAGGAAAAAUAUUUAAUAUUUCUCGGACAGUAGUCGUGGAGCCUUACUCCACUCAUAUUUUGCGAUUAGACAUUGGAGAAACCACACCGGGAAAAUACAAACUUACAGCACGCGGUUUGUCCGGUAUUGAUUUUCAUAAAUCGAAGGAUAUCGAAUAUGUACACAAAAGUUAUUCGGUUUUUAUUCAGACCGAUCGGGCGAUUUAUAAGCCCGGUCAUAAAGUUAUGUUUCGUUGUAUAAUAUUGGAUUCGAGGCUAAGACCGAGCAUUGUGGGCCCGACAGAAGUAUACGUCGUCGAUGGCGAUGGUAACCGUAUCAAGCAAUGGGUUCGACCACCAGUGACUCAUGGUAUUUUCGGUAAUGAAUUGGAGCUAUCUCAUUCGCCAGUAUUAGGAAAGUGGAAGUUUGUUGCCGAUGUCGGCGAUCAGACGUUCGAAAAGGAAUUUGAAGUCGCCGAAUACGUUCUGCCGAAUUUCGAAGUGACGAUCGAUUCGCCGAAGCAUGUGCAAUUCAAAGAAUCAAAAGUUACAGCAACUAUCCACGCAAAGUAUACUUAUGGAAAACCAGUAAAAGGUGAAGCUACGAUAACAGCUUAUCCAGACAUUUUUUCGGGCGUGAUUCAACCGAUUUUCCAACAACCAGUGAGGAAAGUGAUACCGAUUAAUGGAAAGGUUACAGUUGAUUUCGAUAUAUUGACUGAAUUAAGAUUGACUGACGAAUAUGAAAGGCCCAUCAUUAUUGACGCGGUGGUGGAAGAAGAAUUAACUACCAGAAGGCAAAACGUCUCGACACAAAUAACACUACAUAAGCACAAGUACACAAUGGAAUUGAUAAGAACGUCGGAAUAUUUCAAACCGGGUCUAAAGUAUACCGCUUUCUUAAAAUUAGCAUAUCACGACGGAUCGCCAGUACAAGAUACGAAAAACGACGUCUUGAUAGCGUAUGGGUACACGUAUAAUCAAUCGGCGUAUUCGAAUAUCUCGAGAAAAUUAGACGAACACGGCAUGGUGCAACUAGAUUUUUAUCCGCCUAAGGCGAAGGAUAACAUCUCUUUUCCUUUAAAUAUUGAGGCACAAUACUUAAAUCUUCAUGAAUGGUUUCCCUCGACUAAUCAAGCUAUGUCCCAGAGCAAUGAGUACAUUCAAGCAACUCUGAAAACGGAAAAACCAAUGGUGAACAAUUAUGUUGAAAUCGAAGUGAAUUCUACCGCACCGUUGAAAUACAUAAGUUACGAGAUACUUGGUCGCGGUGACAUCUUAGAUGCCGGAUCGAUCUACAUGCAAGACAAGUACACGACAUCAUUCAAAUUUUUAGCGACAUACGUCAUGGCGCCUACUGCACAUGUAAUUGUAUACUACGUACGAACAGAUGGAGAAGUAAUAGCAGAUUCAUUAGAUGUUGAACUCACGGGAUUGCUACAAAAUCAUAUCGAUCUUAAAUUAACACCUGAAGAAGUUAAACCUGGUGACAACGUUAAUCUUAUGAUAUCCGCGAAACCAAAUUCCUUCGUUGGACUGCUAGGCGUUGAUCAGAGAUCCCUUUUGCUGAAAUCUGGAAAUGAUAUCACUUAUGAUCAAGUGUACAAGGAGUUGCAAUCGUACGACAAGGCAGAAUCAUCGCCACACGCAGAUGCGUUUUUCGGCCGUUCGCUCUGGAGACCCGGCUCAGGAACAGCGGACGAUGUGUUUCAAAAAACUGGCGUGGUAAUCCUCACAAACGGAUACGUUCAUGAGAACUUCCCUGUACGAUUACCACAAAUUUUGGAAGGUAGAAUAACGGGCUCGCCUCAUGGGGUGUCCACGCUUCGACCAGACCUUGGUCCACCUGUCACGCACAGAUUAGCGACAAGACCACCGCUGGCAGGUCCUUACGCCUUCUCUCGCAUCCCAACCCCUGUCUGGAAUAAGCCCCGUGUAUUCCUAAUGCAUGACAUCUUAAACACCUGGCUUUUCACAAACUUCUCUUCAGGGUAUAAUGGAAAAACGGAAUUACGGCGUACCGUACCGGAUUCCAUUACAUCAUGGGUAUUGACUGCAUUUUCUGUUAACGACGCGCACGGAUUAGGCCUUAUAGAGGAACCCAGAAAGUUAAAAGUAUUCAAGCCUUUCUUCAUAUCCGUCGAUCUACCGUACUCGGUAAUACGAGGAGAAAUCGUAGGGAUACAAAUUGUAGUGUUCAAUUACAUGAAUAAAGAUUUGACAGCCGAGGUUUUGCUAACAAACGAAGGACAAUUCGACUUCGCGGAAGUUUCUAAUGAAGUUCACGAUGCACCGAAAUUGGAGUUAUAUCGCAGAAAGAAAGUUGACGUAAAAGCCAAUUCCGGUUCAAGUGUGUCGUUCAUGAUCAUUCCAAGAGAGUUGGGAUACAUCACUAUAAAAGCGACCGCUAAUAGCGUUAUGGCUGGUGAUAGUGUCGAACAUAAGUUACUUGUCAAUGCUGAGGGAGAAACGCAAUAUAAGAAUGAAGCGGUAUUUCUGGACUUGAGAAAUGCUGAACAGGGAGGUGCAAAUGUCACCAUCAACAUACCCAAUAAUGCAGUUCCAGGAUCCGAAAAUAUUCAAAUAUCUGCAGUUGGCGAUAUCUUGGGUCCUAGUAUCCCGAACUUGGCAAAUUUAAUAAGAAUGCCAUUUGGCUGCGGCGAGCAGAAUAUGCUUAACUUUGUGCCAAAUAUCGUCAUUCUAAAUUACCUCAAGAAUACGAAUCAAUUAACACAAGCCGUACAAAGCAAAGCGUUAAAAUAUCUAGAUAUCGGCUACCAGCAGGAGUUGACUUACAGACAUAGCGAUGGUUCGUUCAGCGCGUUUGGCAUGUCGGAUUCUAGCGGAAGCACAUGGCUUACAGCCUUCGUAGCAAAAUCUUUCAAGCAAGCAGGAGAAUACAUAGCGGUUGAGGAUAGAAUCAUAAACGAGGCAUUACAGUGGCUGGCCAACAAUCAAGCACCAAACGGCUCUUUCCCCGAAGUAGGAAAAGUUAGCCAUCGCGACAUGCAGGGUGGGGCCGCUAAUGGACUCGCUCUAACGGCGUACACGCUUAUUGCUUUUCUCGAAAAUGAGUUAUCUCCCGAUCAAUACGUUCCAAGAUAUCGUAACGUUAUAAACAAGGCUGUUGACUAUAUCGUUCGUAAUAUGGAUGGAUUAAACGAUACGUACGCAUUGAGCCUGUGCGCCUACGCCUUAAAUUUGGCGAAGCACCCGUAUGAGACAUCGGCAUUUAACUUCUUGGAAUCGAAAACUAUGACAAAAGGGGAUCUCAAAUGGUGGAGUAAACCUAUACCGAAGGACAAUAAAAAUCCACACUAUUCUUUGCCGCGUUCCGUCGAUGUCGAAAUGACAUCAUACGCUUUACUUUUGUAUCUCAAACGCAAUUUAGUCACGGACGCGAUUCCCGUAAUGAAGUGGCUCGUCAAGCAACGAAAUACAGAAGGCGGCUUCGCGUCGACACAAGACACUGUUAUCGGACUUCAAGCAUUAGCGAAGCUUGCUGAAAAAUUGUCGAAGGACGCGAGUUCAGUUCGAAUCGCGUUUAAACAUGAAGAAGGUCAAGGCUAUAUAAACAUAAAUGGCGGUAAUUCUAUGAUACUACAAAAACAGAUACUACCUACGAAAACACGAUACGUUAAUAUAACAGCAUCUGGUAAAGGCUUUGUACUCGUGCAAGUUUCCUAUCAAUAUAAUUUGAACGUCACAGGAGCAUUCCCGUUGUUUACAUUGGAUCCUCAAGUGGAUAAAAACUCCAAUGCUAAUCAUUUACAACUUUCCAUAUGUUCAGGAUUUGUUCCAACCGAGGAAACAAACGAGAGUAAUAUGGCUGUUAUGGAAGUAAGCUUACCUUCUGGCUUCACAGUAGACAGGGAUUCAUUACCGAGUUUAGAAAUAUCAUCGUAUGUAAAGCGUGUGGAAACGAGAAAUGGUGACACAAUGGUGGUUUUAUACUUUGACAAGAUGGUGAAGGAAGAAUAUUGUCCAACUGUAUCCGCAUUUAGGACGCAUAAAGUAGCUAAGCAAAAACCAGUUCCGGUUUCCAUAUAUGACUAUUAUGAUUCGUCGAGACGAGCAAGAGCGUUUUACGAGCCUAGAAAGACAACUUUGUGUGAUUUAUGCGAAGAUGAAGAUUGCGAAGACAUAUGCGUUUCAAAACCUGGUAAACAAAAGGACAAUGUUAGGACGUCCGCCGCGUCUCAUGUUUAUGCUUGUGUAUAUUUGCAAUUUAUAUUCUUCUCGUUUUACUAUUUGCUUCAUAAGUACUUGUAAUUAUAUUGUUACUGAAAAUAAUUAUUUCAUUAUAUUAUACUAUAAAUUUUAAAUCUAACAGAAUAACGUAAAGAAGCUAUAUAAGUUGCGACCAAAGUAUACCUACUUGUUAUACAGAAUAUAAGAUAUUACACUCUUUUUAUGAAAUGUCUAAAUCAAACUAACAUAAGAUUUAAUUAUUUAAUGGUAAUACUAAGUCUAUAAUAAAACUUGAAAAUGUUUCUUGUUAUUAA